AUGUCGAUGAGAUUUGCUAGUGCACAAGAAAGAACCUGGUGGAGUCAAAGUGAAGACUUCUGGAAUAUUCCGCAUGAUCAGUCUUACAAGACAUCAAGUGUGAAGAAUGCAGAAGCCCUUGCCGAUGAGAGUGAAAAAUCCUCUCCAGCAGCCUCCAAUGAUAGCCUUCACAUGACGAUCGAGGCUUCGCCAAAGAGGAAGACCCGUAACAUUCAUUUGGAUGCAAACACAGAGUUUGUGGUGCUGGCGAAACUGCUUCUGCCACCAUGGGAAAGAGUUCUAUGGAAGAAGCAGCCAUACGAAGACAACUACGUGGACAGAACCUUCCUCGAGUCGCUCGUCACCAACGCAAAUUUCCAUGCGUAUGACGCGUGGCAAAUCACCAAGGACAGUGUAGUUGUGUCACAGCACCUGGCAGGGACUGUACUCUUCCUUGGGAUCGCCUACCUCACCAACUAUCGAUCUCUGGAUCUUUCCUACAUGCUUGCUCUUGAUAUAGUCCUAGGAGCAGCAGGUUGCAUGGCAAUGCUCCUUGCAUGGUUGUCUCACAACGGCAAGACCGAAUUACGUGAUUUGUCGUUUCCUGCCUCUAUGCUGUUCCAUGUUGGAGGACUGACUUGGGACAACAUCAUCCUGCUUGUUCCGCUCUAUGGCAGAGCGACCUUUUUGUUCAUUGUUGCGUUAUGCAUCUUGUCCCCAAUCUUGAGGACCUUGACUCUGACGAUCAGCGAUGACACUGUCGCGGUCAUGGCCAUAACCUUCCUCUCGGUCAACUUGUUGUGCCACGACUACCGAUGGGUCAACGGACGGUCGUCAGCGUUUGGCGGCAGCGUCUCGCUGAAUGCUGCCAUGUUCGUUUCGGUCAUCCUCGCUUCACGAGCUUCCUCCAACCUCCACGUCGCCCUCCUUAUGUGCUGUGCCGUCGAAGUCUUUGCACUCGCGCCAAGAGUGUAUCGGCAGGUGAAGCUUUCUUCCGAAGUCGCUCACGGCAUUGUCACCUCUUGUCUCGUGUUGAUCUCAUUAGCCCUGCUCUUCCACAUCAGUCCGCUGCUAGGCACAAUCUUUGGAUUCUUCGUUUUCUUUAUAACCUGGAUAUGUCCACUCACUUUUCUGUACAUUCAGAGAUACAAGAACAAGAUCAAUGGCCCGUGGGAUGAGGCUGUUCCCAUCAGGAGGAAUGAUCGGAUUUGA